AUAAUUUGCGUUUCAAAUGGUUAAUAUUAAAAUAUUAAAUAUUGUUUACACCGGCUUAUCUUAGAAAACAAUAGGCUAUCAAGCCCAUACAAAUAUAAAAAUGUCUCUCAGUGAAAGUAUUCCGGUAAAUACUUUCCGAAAUUAUUUAAAUAUACUUAAUGAUCCCUCUGCAAAAGAAGAAAUCAAGUUAAAAGCCACACAAGAACUUAGCGAACACUUUGAAAUGAUAAUUCAAAGCUCAUCCUACCCAUCGUUUUUGGAAACAUCACUAAAAAUAUUUAUGCGUAUACUGCAAGAAGGCGAACCACAGUUUAUUCAAGAAAACACAAUGCAACAUAUCCGUAAACUUAUUUUGGAGAUGAUUCAUCGACUGCCCAUAACAGAAAAUUUAAGACAACAUGUAAAAUCAAUUAUAACAAUGAUGCUUAAAAUAUUAAAAACUGAUAAUGAAGAAAAUGUCCUCGUAAGUCUUCGAAUAAUAAUUGAGCUGCAUAAACACUUUCGUCCAUCUUUUAACCCAGAAAUACAACUUUUUUUAGGAUUCGUCAAGGAUAUAUAUACAAAUCUACCCAACCAUGUAACAUCUAUUUUUGAAACCUCAAAUGAUAUCUGGUUAAGCGACUUAAAAGAACUAAACUUGGAGAGUCUCCUACCCGAAGCCUAUUCUGUUAAAACUAUACAUGUCGAAAAACAGCUUGACUCCAAUUCUCAGCAGAACAUUUAUAACCUACUUCCUCGAGGAAUAUUAUCCCUAAAAGUUUUACAAGAGCUUCCAAUUAUUGUAGUAUUGAUGUAUCAAAUAUAUAAGAAUGCUGUCCAUCAAGAGGUUUCCGAAUUUAUUCCUUUAAUAUUGACCACUAUAAAUUUACAACCAACGGUCAUACAACGAAAUUCGACUCAGAAAGAAACUUUUGUCGACUUCAUGGGUGCACAAAUUAAAACUUUGUCUUUUUUGGCAUACAUUGUACGAAUAUUUCAGGAAGUGGUUAUAGCGAAUUCGUUAUCUGUAACCAACGGGAUGCUCAACCUGAUGGCCAAUUGUCCCAAAGAAGCAGCACAUCUUAGAAAAGAACUAUUGAUUGCCGCCCGCCAUAUAUUUGCUACAGACUUGCGUCAGAAGUUUAUUCCAUCAAUAGAAAAAUUAUUUGAUGAAGACUUGCUUAUUGGGAAGGGAGUCACAUUGGAGUCAAUUCGGCCGUUGGCAUAUUCUACGUUAGCAGAUCUAGCUCAUCAUGUUCGUCAGAGUUUAAGCUUGGACGUGUUAAUAAAAGCAGUAAAUCUGUUCUCAAAAAAUGUGCAUGAUGAGACUCUUGCCGUAGGAAUACAAACUAUGUCUUGUAAACUUUUAUUAAAUUUAGUAGAUUGCUUACGUCAUCACAGUGAACUGGAGCCCCAGCGAUCCCGACAAAUUUUGUCAAAACUAUUGAAGGUUUUUGUGAAAAAAUUUGAAACAAUUGCCAAAAUUCAGCUGCCUUUAAUCGUUCAAAAAUGGACAAUCCAACUCUGGAGCACCCAACAAUCAUCAAGGAAACUCUACAUUACCACUAAUUAACUUGCCAGAACUAAAAGAUCUGUCAAGUGAACAAACAAAAGCAUCGGCAUCUGGAGCUCAAUGGGUGUGUUCAGUAAAUGUUGCUGAGUUUCGAAGCUUAGUCAAAACCCUC